AUGUCGCUACUGCGCUUGCCCUGUGAGCUUUUAUUGUCUGUUGCUGAGUCUCUUGAGACAGAGGAGGAUAUAAAUGCUCUAUCCCAAGUCAACCAUCUGCAUCAUGCUGUCAUCAACCCAUACUUGUAUCGAUUCAACGCACGGAACUCAGAAAGCUCAGCGCUCGUAUGGGCUGCAGCAUACGGAGCAAAAGAUACUGCACAAAUCAGCAUCCAGGAGGGCGCUUACCUGGACGCGAGCGACGAAACAGGCUUAACUGCACUGUCCUUCGCCGCGAUGAACGGGCACGAGGAGGUGGUCCAGCUUUUACUUGAAACCGGACAGGUUGAUCUGAACGCCGUGGAUUUUGAGCUGGGUCGGGCACCACUAGGCUGGGCUGCAGAGAAUGGGAGUGCCGCUGUAGUAACACUGUUACUUGACACAGGGCUAGUUGAUGUGAAUUCAAAAGAUCAUCUGCUUCUUACCCCACUAACAUUGGCCGCACAAUCAGGGUAUGAGGCGGUAGUGAAGGUUCUCCUCGACACUGGAAAAGCCGAUGUAGACUCAAAAGAUGUCACUGGGUCGACAGCACUCGGGUGGGCUGCGGAGUUUGGACAUGAGGCGGUGGUCAGGCAGCUACUGGAAACUGGACAAGCCGACGUGAACUCAAAAGACUCUGAGGCCGGCCGAACACCGCUAUCUCGAGCUGCAGAAAAUGGACACGAAUUCUUAGUCAAACUGCUGAUCGACACGGGAGAAGUUGAUGUGGAUACUAAAGACAAUUGUAACCGAACACCACUCUCCUGGGCUGCAGAAAAUGGACACGAGACAGUGAUCCGUCUAUUGCUAGAAACCAGACAGGUGGACAUGGACUCGAGAGAUUACGACGGCUCAUCGCCACUCGCUUGGGCCUCAAAGAAUGGCCAUGUUGCAAUUGUGAAGCUGCUGAUUGACAGUGGACGAGUGGAUGUAGACUCUAAGGACUUCCUGGGUCGGACACCAUUGUUUCAGGCUGUGGUGAACGGGCAUGAGGAGGUGACAAAUCUUUUGUUGAAGAGUAACGGAGAGGAUGGCGAGUCGAUUCCAGUACUUUGA